AUGCUGCCAACGACUUCUAUGGAGGCCACAACAGAAGAAAUGACAGAAACAACAACUCCAAUUGCUCCUAUUGAACACAGAAUACUACCUGAAGUAACAUCAUCCGUAAUUAAAUAUGUUACUGAGACCGAGACAUAUCUUGAAGAAGAAUGUGAAGAAGAAGAGAAGGAAGAAACUAAAAAACUGGUUUGGUACGAGUAUGAAGAGAGUACAAAAUUAGUGACUACAACAACUAUCCCCCUGCUUUGGUAUAAAAUCCCAACUAUAUCAAUUGCAACUACAGGAACUCCACUUAUAACAACAAGUACGACAGAAAUAACUACAGUGACUACUGAAUCCACCACAGUAGUGAAAGUCACAGCUAUAAAAUUACCUACCACCGAGAGUACAGUAGUUACUACGGAAACUAUAUCACCUGUUACUGAAAUAACUACAUCAAACAUCACUGAAAGCACUAUUGCGGUUGAAGUUGAAAUCACCUCGUCUAUUAUCGAAAUAAUAAAUGUUACUACAGAAACACCAUUCACUAUUAUUGAAACACCAGUUACAACCGUAACAAUGCCAACUAUAACAACAGAAACAACUGAAACGACGAUCUCAAUUGAAGUUCAAUUCACCUCGCCUGUUGUUGAAGUAACAAAUAUUACUACGAAGACGCCAUUAACUACUAGUGCAAUAUCAGAAGUAACAACUGUAACAAUCCCAACUGUAACAACAGAAACAACUGAAACGACGACUAUUGUUGUAGUUACUUCGCCUAUUAUCGAAGUAAUAAAUAUUACUACAGAAACACCAUUUUUCACUAUUGAAAUAUCAAAAAUUACAACGCCAAUGGUUCCAACGAUUACAACUGAGCUGAUGAAAGAAAUUACAACUACUAUCGUGUAUGAAUAUGUUGAGGAAACAACAGCUAAUAUGACUACAACUGAGAAAACUACUGAACCAACAUCUGUUACAACCGAAUCAUCGAUACUGCUAGAAACAACAGAGAUAACAACACCGAUAGUAGUUCAUUACGAAGUUAAUGUUACAACUCCUUAUGUAACUGGAACAACCGAAACUGUAACGACCGAAUUUACCGUAGAAAUAACCGAAACGCCCGUCGUUACAACUGAACGAAUUAUUACAACCGAAGAAGAAAUGUAUGAAACGGUAACAAUGCACGAGAAAGACUAUGACGAAGAAGAGGAGGAGGAGAAGGAGGAGAAAAAAGAGACAGUCAGUCCAAUUUGGUACGAGCACACAGAAGAAAACGUAACAUCCACGACGCCAGAAAUGGAAACGCCCACGAAAGAAAUUAUUCGAAUAGAAAUUACAAUCGUCAAGGAAGAACUGAACAUUACAACUCCCUUCGUAACUGUACCUGAAAUUAUAUCUACUAUUGCCAUCCCAUUUAUCACUGAGGAAAUAAUAACAACACUGGAGAGGCCAACUACGUUCGGAACUACUUUGAUGUACACGCUGCCUCCAACUUUGGAGUUCACUAUGGAACACUUGCCACUCGAUUAUUUGGGAGAAAAUGUGACGAAAUCGGAGGAAGUGACGAAACCUACUACUGCUACCGUGGAAACUCCGGAGAUAUCGGACAUUACCAGAGAAAAGGUCACCGAGCUACCUGUCUCUUUCGAUGUGACACGUACCACGAAUCAAGAAGAAAAGAAACAACGUCAAGAGGAGAAGAAAGAAGAGCUAAUAGAGGAGCUGAAGAAAUUAGAGAAAACAGAGGAAGAGAUUCUGAUUAGAGAGAAAGAGCUGGAAAGGAGAGAGGAAGACUGGCAGAUAGAAAAGGGCAAAUUGAUACGCUCGCUCUAUGUGAAGCAGCAAGAAAUGAAAGUUGCUCAACAACAGACUACGUUUGCCUCAGAACCUGACACUGUCACUGAAGAAUCACCAGCUCUAUCCAAGACAACGCUUUCGACCGAAGCUACGACUUCUCGAAUUGGUCCAAUGAAACCAAAAACGACGGUAACUCCUGAAAUGACGACGAAAGACGAGCUCGAAGAAGAAGUUAAACUGCUGGAGAAGAAGUACCUCGAAAAAGAGAAAUGGUUGAAAGAACAGGAGAAACAAUUAGAAGAAAGGGAGAAGAAAUUCCAGAAGGAGAAAGACGAGUUUGAGACGAUGAUAAAGGAAUUGGAAGAGAAGUUGGAGAGUGGAGAAGAAAUUACAUUGCCCACUUAUGGCCGAUCGACGCUUACGACGCCAUGUUUCUCGCAGUUGCCACCUACGGAGAGAACGACGAUCGAGAUUCGAGAAUCAACGGCGAUGGAACCUAAGACGGAGACUAGUGUGAGGAAACUCGUUACAUUGUCUCACGAGGAGGAGAAAGAGCAGAAAGAGGAAAGAGAAGAAGAGAGGAAAAGAAAAGGUACAACGAGGAUUUGUGUGAAUGUUUUAAAGGCGAAACCUUUGGGAAAACAGGCUGAAGACUUGGUAACGAAAAGGGUUUGUUUACCAUUCGUUCCAGGACAAGUGGAUGCCAAAGAGCAGAUAACAAAGAUCAGUGGACUAUAUCUGAGGCAACACGAAUGGACUGAAGGACCUAGAUUUACGAAGGACCGUGGAGAAUCGCAAACGGAAUUCGAAGACGAGAGAAGUGAAAGGAAACGAUCGUUGACAGAGCAGAAUCGAUUUAAACGAAAUAUUCCUGCGAAACAGCAUGUUCAUCCCCAGUUGCGAAUUGAUCGAAUUACUAGUAGAAAUGAUUCUAUUUUCAUGAUCACUGGAACGUCGACGACUACCGAGAAGAGUAGCAAUUGGGAAGAUAACAGCAACAGAUAUAAGGCUCGGUCUAUGUUGCAAAUCAUCGAAAAUAAAAAUGAAUACGAAGACGAAGACGAAGCUAAAAAGAACGUGAAGGGAUAUGAAAAAAGUUGUGAGAGUCGUGAUUACGAGGAUCAAAUCGAAAGGAAUCCAAGACAAGGGGAAGACAUCUCGCUGUGGACAACGAAGAGUGCAAAUGAUGAAGUCGGGGAGGAAGAUAUAGAGUCGGAAACCCAAUCAGACAGAGAUGAUUCGGUGGAUGAUACAGUUAAUGAUAAAGAAACAGAAAGUAUUCCGGAGGAGAGAAGUUACAGCGAAGAUGACGAUUUAGAGAAAGAAAUGAAAAGUGAAAAAACUGAGGAAAUACCGAGUGAAGAGAUGCACAAAGAUAACGAAGUUACGAAAGAGAAAAAAACGAGACAAACACCUGGCCCUGAAUGGCCGACUGAAGCUUUAACCGCUUAUCAAAUUGGUGGCACUAGAACAUGGAUGCUCGAGUAUCCAGAAGUUGCAGAAUCAGUGGAAGACGAGCAGGAUUUGAAAAGCGUUGGGAAACGGCCGCUCGAGGCAACGACUUGCUAUUAUGUUAUUCUUAGGGACGAGCAGGAGAACAGCCUCGAAAGUCCCGAAGGAAAUUAUAACCAAGGAAAUAGUUUUGGAUCAUCCUGAAGGAGCAUAUAUUGCAAACUCGAAUAAGCAAUAUCCCAGAUAUACAGAUAAAAUCUAACGCAGCAAA